AAUCCCAGAAUGCCUCUGUGUCGCACCGGAGUUGCCGCACCGUUCGGAAGCUGAGGGGCCCGGUGCGGCGACGUCAAGAUGGCGGCGGCGGUUGCGGCGGCGGCGGCGGCGGCAGCCGCGGCUGCGUCUCUUCAGGUGCUGGAGAUGGAGAGCAUGGAGACUGCCGCCGCCGGUUCCGCGGGCCUGGCCGCUGAGGUCCGAGGCAGUGGCACCGUAGACUUCGGGGCUGGGCCCGGGAUCUCCUCCAUGGAGGCGAGCGGGGGCGAUCCGGGCCCAGAGGCCGAGGACUUCGAGUGCAGCACUCACUGCUCCGAGCUGUCCUGGCGGCAGAACGAGCAGCGGCGUCAAGGCCUGUUCUGCGACAUCACCCUGUGCUUUGGCGGCGCCGGAGGUCGCGAGUUCCGUGCCCACCGCUCGGUGCUGGCCGCCGCUACCGAGUACUUCACGCCCUUGCUCUCGGGCCAGUUUUCCGAGUCGCGCUCAGGCCGGGUGGAGAUGCGCAAGUGGAGCUCGGAGCCGGGACCCGAACCUGACACGGUGGAAGCCGUUAUCGAGUACAUGUACACCGGGCGCAUCCGAGUGAGCACCGGCAGCGUGCACGAGGUGCUAGAGCUGGCUGACAGAUUCUUAUUAAUUCGUUUAAAAGAAUUUUGUGGAGAAUUUCUCAAGAAAAAACUUCAUCUCUCAAAUUGUGUGGCCAUUCAUAGUUUAGCCCACAUGUACACCCUGAGCCAGCUUGCUCUGAAAGCUGCAGAUAUGAUACGUAGAAAUUUCUACAAAGUCAUUCAGGAUGAAGAAUUUUAUACCUUACCUUUCCAUCUCAUUCGAGACUGGCUUUCAGACUUGGAAAUUACCGUAGAUUCUGAAGAGGUUCUUUUUGAAACUGUUUUGAAGUGGGUUCAGAGAAAUGCUGAAGAGAGAGAGAGAUACUUUGAAGAACUUUUUAAAUUGCUCAGGUUGUCCCAGAUGAAACCCACCUACCUUACACGGCAUGUCAAACCAGAGCGGCUAGUGGCCAGUAACGAAGUUUGUGUCAAGCUGGUGGCUGAUGCCGUGGAGAGGCAUGCUCUCAGAGCAGAGAAUAUGCAGUCUGGCACACUCCAACAUCCUGCUUCACAUGUCUCACUGUUACCUCGCUAUGGACAAAACAUGGACGUAAUCAUGGUUAUUGGAGGUGUGUCAGAAGGAGGAGACUAUUUAAGUGAAUGUGUGGGGUAUUUUGUUGAUGAGGAUCGAUGGGUGAAUCUGCCCCACAUUCAUAAUCACCUUGAUGGGCAUGCUGUCGCAGUCACAGAGUCCUACGUGUACGUUGCUGGCUCAAUGGAACCAGGGUUUGCUAAAACUGUGGAAAGGUACAACCCAAACUUGAAUACAUGGGAACACGUUUGUAGUCUGAUGACAAGAAAGCAUUCUUUUGGGCUAACAGAAGUCAAAGGGAAGCUGUAUAGCAUUGGCGGACAUGGCAAUUUUAGCCCUGGCUUUAAAGAUGUGACGGUUUACAAUCCUGAGCUUGAUAAAUGGUACAACUUAGAAUCAGCACCAAAGAUUCUUCGAGAUGUCAAAGCACUAGCCAUCGAAGACCGGUUUGUGUACAUUGCUGCCCGUACUCCUGUGGACCGGGACACUGAGGAUGGGUUGAAGGCUGUAAUUACUUGCUAUGAUACAGAGACUCGACAGUGGCAAGAUGUGGAAUCGUUACCACUUAUUGACAAUUACUGUUUUUUCCAGAUGUCUGUGGUCAAUUCAAACUUUUAUCAGACAGCAUCAUGCUGUCCCAAGAGUUAUUCUUUAGAAAACGAAGAGGCAGUAAGAAAAAUUGCCGGUCAGGUAUCUGAUGAGAUUCUUGAAAGCUUGCCUCCAGAAGUCCUAAGCAUUGAGGGAGCAGCCAUUUGCUAUUACAAAGAUGACGUCUUCAUUAUUGGAGGCUGGAAAAACAGUGAUGAUAUUGACAAGCAGUACCGGAAGGAGGCCUACCGAUACUGCGCUGAGAGAAAGAGGUGGAUGCUCCUUCCUCCCAUGCCUCAGCCCCGCUGUAGGGCCACUGCUUGCCACGUCAGGAUCCCCUACCGGUACUUGCAUGGCACGCAGAGAUACCCCAUGCCCCAAAACCUAAUGUGGCAGAAGGACCGCAUCAGACAGAUGCAAGAGAUACAUCGCCAUGCCCUGAAUAUGCGGAGAGUGCCAAGUUCCCAGAUUGAAUGCUGAGCUUGCCAACCUGCGCAGCUGAAAACUGUUCUCCUAUUCCGUGAGGCUGGACGGGCCUGGACUGUUAGUUGGAAAGUAUGUCAAUAACUUAUUUUCUACUUGGACUUAAUAUUACUCUAUAUAAAGGAAGGGUAGUUAAAAGACAAAUAGGACACUCAGCUCAAUGUGUUAAUUUUUGUUAGCUUGCAGUCCUGUCUUUGGUUUGUGUUUGUGUCCUGAUAAAUAAGAUCUUAUUAAACAGAAGUGAGGAAAAGCAGGUCUAGUUACUUGGCCUUUUUUCUGCCAACAACUAUGACUCCUUUGUAUUGGGGAUUUAUAUUUGGGGCUUAACGAUAAGCACCAGUGUUAUUUGCACAUUUUACUUUGAUAUUCCUUUUUUAUGGAUUGUUUUCAACAAUAUUAUUUUAUGCGUUAAGUUCUCAUCUGCAAGAGGCAUGUGCAAUAGUGAGGCUGGAUCUGAAGGUAAAAGCACAAUGUUUCAGUGCGACUGAUCUCAGAAUGUUAGCACUGAUGAUGUUUUGCUGUGUUUAUCUACAAAUGCUGUUUUUGUUUAUUGGAAAGGGUGACCAAUGAGAAGUUUGAUUGGCACAAAGUCUGGUGUGUUUUGUUUCUUCCACAGCUAUUUACAGACUUGAAGCCAUCAUUCCGAGAUGGUAGUUGGGAAGGUGUUAAUGUUUAGAUGGUUGACGAGAGAGGAAGUCACACAGAUGGUGUUUGUUUCUGAGAGAGGAAAGGUGCUCAGUGUAGCUGAGCAAGCAAGUGAACAAACAUUUGAAACACUUUGAGGAGUUGUCACUGUGUUGAUGAGGAUGCAGUGGGCGUGACAAUCAACACACGAUGCCUUCAGUGCAUUUUUUGCUCCACUGAAUAGUCUAUAGGCUCUUCAUCAGUUCUUUCAGCAAGAAACUUUAAAAAUGCCAAGGAAGUCACAGUUUAGAAAAUCCUGCUAAGAGAAGCCAUGUUAUUUCUGGCCCCUGAUUGCCAUAUUGCUUUACCCAAUUUCCCUAGACUUUUAUUGGAACUUAGAGCCCAGAAUACCAAAUCUGAGUACAUACUUUUGGUUUUUGAAAGUUUAAGGAUUUGACAUAACACAUUUAAUGAGACACUGUCAACAUGUUGCAUAGUUUAGUGACUGUCAUCUUUCACAAAAGGUUUUUAAUGUUUUUGAGAUGAGAUCUUGCUAUGUAGACUUGUUGGUCUGGAGCUUGAUAGGUAGAGCAGGCUUGGCUCAUACAUAGAUCCUGAGGAAUAAGCUUCCCAGGACCAAGAAUCAGUUCCAGCAGCAGUGGCCUCUACCCCCUCUGUUAUCAGUUUUCUCUGGUUUUGUUGAGCUUCUGUGACAAUCAUAUGGUACAUUUACAUUCCUCUAAUUUUUCACGUUUUUAGCAUUUCUUGAGCUGUUAUUUUAGAGCGUUCAUAGUCAUAAUCUGUAAUUCUCAGUUGCGUUAGGCAUAUUGUUGAGUCCCAUUCUCUCUCAGUGUCUACAUAUUCUUCAUUUUUGUGUAUGCUGUUGGGGGAUUCGCCAUUCUCUUUUGAGUGUCUUCUGAGUCUUGUGUAGGUUGUCAUACUGCUUUUGCAAUUUUCGGUAAUUAAUUUCUGCUCAGUACAUUGAAAUUUUUGUUCAUAUGUAGAUACUUGGAAUAUAUAGUUUCCCAUUUUUCUGUAAGAAUCUGGAUCUAAUUUGUCCUUAAGUUUCUGAACUCCCUUGUAUGGGGCUCUCUCAGCCUUAAGCUUUUGUGGGUAAUCUUGAUCUUGAAGUGUUGUACAGCUUCUCUUUAUGAAUCCUGUAGUUCUAUGACUGUUUCAAAUUUAAUUAAUAGAUGUAUCAAAGAAACAUCAUUUCUCUUUUGUUUUUGUUUUAAUGCAAAUCUCAAGUUAUAGAGAUCUUCCCUCUCACUUUGUAUGAUCUAACCUGUAUUCUUGCUAGUUUAAUUUUGUGUCCCUUUUUAUUUUUAUUUUUUAUCUUUUGAGACAAAGUCUAUGUAGUCUUGGGUGGCCUGGAACUCACAGAAAUCCACCUGCCUCUGCCCAGGAUUAAAGGCAUGUCCCACCAUGCUGGGCUUGAUGGCUCUUUAGAACACUAAUUUCAUUUUCCACUCACAGUUUGUUUUAUAAGUAGUUCAUGGUGUCUAGUUUGUCUUUCAUGUCAAUUGACCAUUUCCAGGACCUUUAGAAAUAUAGUGUGUCCUUGGGUAUUGGUUCAGAUGAUUAGGUCAUUGGGGUCUUCCUAAACUAUGAGCUCUCUUUACUUGCACCAUAGCACCAGUAAUGGGCCUGGUCUUUUCCAAAACUCUGUACUCAGUCUCUGGAAGAGCAGUUUGUUAUUUUCUUUUAUAUUCAAGGCAGAACCUUUAAUCAGUUCCUCACUUCCUGUAUUUUUAGCGUGGUCAGCAGCAGCAUUGCCACUGGGUCCUCUGGCACUUGUAAUUUAGAUAGUCGUUCCUUCCAACCUAAAGACAGACACUCACUCCCAUCACAUCUUUUCUAAACACUGUUACGCUGGAUUGGCUUCGAGAGUAUGUGAAUAUUCUUCAUAUUCAGAAAGGAUUUCCACAGUGACUUAAUGUUGACAAGUCAACAGCAUAAUGGCAGUGCAAAGACCUCUUGCUUAACUUGAUUCAUAACUGCAUGCAUGAAGCUGCGCUGACCUGUUUAUCAGUUGCUUGUACGUAGCAUCCUUUAGGAAAAGUUCAGCUAUCGUUUUCACUGACAACCAGUGAAAUGCUGCUUUUGUUGCCUGCUUCAGUAUUCACUUCAUAUUCAAGGGUUUUACAGAUUGGAGAACACCCGUGCCUUGAACACCCGUACUAUUUGGGUUAGCGCUGCUCUCUAGCAGAACAAAGGCUCAUUCCCUUCUUGAGCUGUUGGUCUUCAUCAGACCUGUGCAGUCACCAUUUCUGGAAGGUCAUACCACAUAAGCAAUAUAUAGAGCGGUUGGGAAUGUGGGUAAUCCUCAAAAAGCUGCAUCACUGAAAAAGUCUUGUCCUGUCAUAGACUUUGACCUCAUGGAAGUUGUUACAUCAGGGACUACCCAUUUUUCUGACUGUCUACACACUCCUGAGCUUAAUACAACUUAGCAUUCAGGCUAAAUCGUCCAACACUCAGUUAACAUAGAAGACUCCUGUUCAAGGGACUGGAGAGCUGGAUCAGCAGUUCAGAAACUUGCUGUGUUGUGUUCCCAGCACCCACUGUAUGCAGCUCACAGCCUCUGCCCCCAUGGGCACCUACACUCACAUGGACAUCCAUGCAUGCAGACACACACCAAUACACAAUUUAAAUUUUUCAAAAAGGCUCUUGUUGAGCACGGCAGUGUUCACCUGUAAUCCCAGCAUUUGGGAUGCAAAAGCAAGAUCAGUUCUUGCCUGAGGCCAGCCUAGUUAGCAUACAUAGUGAAAGCUGUCUCAGACCAACCAACAGGAGUGUGACUAAUAAUAACACAUAAGUAAUAUAAAAUGAUGACUCCUGAUGGUUUGUACGGUAACACACACACCCUUUUUUUUUUCCUUUAAGAAUAUCUUUACCUUCUCAGAAAUUCUGGAAUAUUAUUCUGAAAAAGUUUGAAUACUGUGCCUCCCCACUUCCAUUAGAGUUAAAUUUAUUAUAUGAUAAAGUAUCAGAAGCUUUGGCUCUUUACUGUAACACUAAAUGCUCUUAGAAUCCAUAUUGAUAAUUUUCCUGUUUCUGUUAGUGUCCUUGCCUAUGGUUACCAUUUAACUCAGACUGGAGGGAUUGUAGGAAACUGCAAGCCCCUUUCCACAAAGAUUCUGUUAUCUUCCCCCUCUGCUCUAACUUUUUCUCGGCCUCAUUCUUUGGGUUGUCUUCUGGUUGGUUGGUUUUGCAGUGCUGGGAACUGGACAGGGGCCUUGCACAUGCUAGGCAGACACCCUGCCAACUGAGUUGCUUCUCCAGCCCUCUCUGCAGUCGUCUCAGUAACACAAGCUUUUGGAUUCUGAGAAGCACUCCUUCCUUAGUUGGAAGAGAUCUGUGCAGCUAAGAGUUUUUGAAGCUCACUGAAGGUAGCUUGCCUUUCUGUCUGUACAAGCAAAUCACUCAGUAUUUCAUCAGGAUGCUAGCUUUCUCCAGGAGAAUGUCAUGUGUUUUGAUUUUGGCGGUUUGGGUCCCAGAAUUGUAUUUUGGGACAGUCACCACCAAGUUGUUAAUAGGGCCAUCUUUUUUUUUUUUUUUUUUUUCCAUUUUAUGGUAGACAGUGUAACUGCUAAGAUUUAGGUGUAAUCUGGUUUUGAAAUUUGAUUGAAACUAGUCUUUUGUUUCUUUGACUCAGCAGGCAGCCUAGGCCCUAGCUGAAUGAAGGGUAAGUCCUUCCUUGCAUGAUGGUGUGCAGGUUUUCCCCGACUACUGAGUUUCUUCUAAUUUUCAUGUGAAUUCGCGUGUGUGGCUUCACCACCAUAACCUGUGUCUCCUAAAUAUUCUAACUAACUUAUCAGGAAGGAAAGAAACCAGAUUUGCUUAAAUCUGUUCAAGGCUGACAUUCUGAAGUUUUAAGCUGGAUAUAACAUUACUUGUAAUGAUAAUUGUGUGGGAAAGAAUUUUUUUUUAAUGGAAACAGUUAAACACAUAGUUUUUAAAAUGCUUAAAUGUGUUCAGGUGAACCUUUGUUUUGCUGCAAAGAGAGGACUGGAUUAUACCAAACAAUAAGGAUGGCCAGUCUGCCAGUCCAGCGCCUUGAGUAGGCACCUGCACACCAUACAGGGGCCGUUCCCACCUACCUUUAAACUAAGAAUGUCAGUCGUGAGUUAGUGUUUAAGCGAUCAUCACUUGCAGCCGUUUGCAUGAUUAUGAUUAGUCUCAUGUAUCCUGAUAGCUUGUUUUUUCUCUGCCCGUUCAAAAUAACAUUUUUGCCAAGAGCACCUAAAAUUUAACCGAUAUCAGUCUUGUUUUGAUUUCCUGGUCAUGUGUAGUAUUCCUGGGACCAAAAUUUCUUUUAAACUACCGAGCUUUGAAAAUACAGACUCUCAAUAUGCAAAGCCGGAGAGAGAGCACUUUUGUGUUUUGAUCCUGUCUCAGCUGGUAGGCGGGAUCUUGUGCACACUUUUUCCCUCUUGGACUGCAGCAUGUAGUGUGUUUGAAAUACUUCCUUUUCUGCUUCAUGAUUCUAGAGGCAACACUAUAAGUAGACUGGGGCUGUGUUACAUAUUUUAGCUACUCUGUCUAAUAAAGUAUACAGGACCUCUUUUUGGUACCUUUCUCCAGCUAAGCUUAUGUGCAAAGGGCAUAUUAGUUACAUUUCAUGUCCUUGAACAUAUACAGUAUGUGAAAAAAAUAUUCUUCCUACACUAGAAAAAUACGGUGCUUCAACCCUAGAAUAUCUGAACAACGAUUCAGUCUGUUCUCAGCCCUCUUUUUGGCACAGCUCAUCACUCUGUUACUUUCUUGAGAAAAGUCCAUUUUGUUGUUAGCACUUACAGCAUAUGUUCUGGUCUUGAAAACCAAACAGUUAUUGACGUUUAUAACACAACAAUAGUAAAUUUACAGAGUAGUCGUUUGCUGCAAGGACUUUACUUAUCCAAAUUACUGCUCAUGCGACCCUCCCAGAGCUUAGCUUACUGUGUGACCCUUGCUGCGAGUGGGGUGCCUUGAAGCACUUGUUGAUCACUUACCCCUCCUGCUUUCUGCACUUGGGAAAAACAGUGCUUGCGAGGUGUUUUUACCACCUGUGGGCUGGGGCUUGUUGUGUUAUUUGUAAAAUAAGUGUUUAGAUUAUAAACAUUUCGGGGCUAGUGGUACCCAGGCCCCUAUUGCAAGAUAUACUCUCAUUUAUCUCCCUUCAGGUUAGAGGAAAUGUAGUAUUCAGAACACUUGCAGAUAUUAUGUUUAUGUUCCUAAAGCUAUCUUGCUCAUGUUCAAGUUACUAAUUGUCUAAACGUAAGUUUCAAUAAACGUAUUUCUUUAGAA